UUUGCCUAGCGCCUAAAGAUAUGUAACAAAGGUGCCAGGCGAGCCUCCCUGCGGAUUCCAUAUGCCACCUUUCACCUCAAUAUGGUAUUUUUUUAAAAAAAGUUGGGGAGGAGGAGUGUGCCUUUGGGGAUGAGGUCAAACUCGGAAGGUUGCAGCACAACCUGCUGUGGCUGUAGAGGCCACAAAAUAAUAACAAAAAACCAGAACAUUUUGGUCGGUCUAAUGAAGGUAUUGCCCUAAUGCGGAUUUUGAGGCAAUCCUUCCUAUGGGCCAACCUGCCUACUUUUACCCCAGGCUGCUUCCUGCCACCUAUUGCUCCACUCGCUUCAAGAUGUGCCAAGGCAGCCAGCUGGGCGCCCUCCGCUCACUCGGCUGAACGGGAGCCCCGGGCCUGGGCCUUGCGGACGCCGGCCCUGCCAAGAGGAUGCCGGAAGCACCUCUCACAUUGCCGGUCCUGAUCCGGACCAUACGGAGUGCACGGACCCAGGCGGAGGAGCGGGAGCUGGUCCAACGAGAAAGCGCCAAGAUUCGGGGGGCCUUUCGGGGAGACGAGCCCGACACCCGUGCCUCCAACUUAGCCAAGUUGCUCUACAUCCACAUUCUGGGCUAUCCUGCUCAUUUUGGACAGAUGGAGAGCUUGAAGCUAAUGGCCUCCCACCGUUUCCACGAAAAGCGGAUCGGCUACCUUGGCGCUGCCCUCCUAUUGGAUGAGAAGCAGGACACUCACCUUCUGCUGACCAAUAGUAUCAAGAACGACCUCCUGCACCCCACUGCCUGGGUGCAGGGCUUAGCUCUGAGCACGCUGGGCUCCCUGGGCUCGGUGGCCAUGUUCCGGGAUUUGGCCGGCGAAGUGGAGCAGCUCGCCAGGGUUGGCCAGCCCUCCGUGCGAAGGAAGGCCGUGGUCUGUGCUGUACACGUUGUCCGGAAGGUGCCCGAUCUUAUAGACGUAUUCACUCGACUCGGCGAACACCUGUUGACUGAACAAAAUACCGGCAUCCUCCACGGGGCCGUCAUGCUGAUCUCAGAGAUGUGCGAACGGAGCCCGCAAGCCCUGGACCGCUUUUGCAAGUUUGUUCCUCAGUUAGUGGGGCUGCUCCGUAACCUGGUGGUUGCCGGCUACUCUCCGGAACACAGCAUCUCAGGAAUCAGCAACCCUUUCCUGCAGGUACAGAUCCUGCGGCUGCUAAGGAUUCUGGGAAAGGACAACGAAGACGCCAGCGACGCCAUGAACGAUUCCUUGGCUCAGGUGGCCACCAACACAGAGACAACGCGGAACGUGGGCAACGCCAUCUUGUACGAGACGGUGCUGACCAUCAUGGGCGUCCGCUCGACCAGCGGCCUACGGGUUCUCGCUAUAAAUAUCCUCGGGCGAUUUCUCCUUAACAAGGACCGGAAUAUCAGAUACGUGGCUCUAACAUCUCUACAGAAAUUGCUGCAAGAAGAGAACAGUGCCGUUCAGAGGCACCGGGCCACAGUCCUUGAAUGCCUGGCCGACCCGGAUCCCACUGUGAAGAGGCGAGCCCUGCAGCUGAGCCUGGCCCUGGUGAGCGGCAGCAACGUGAGGACGACCACGAAAGAGCUGCUGGUUUUCCUGGAAACCUGUGCUCCGGAGCUGAAGUCGGACUGCGCUUCUGGAAUAUUCCUGGCCGCUGAGAAGUUUGCGCCCAGCAAGCGUUGGCACAUCGACACCAUCCUCCAGGUUCUGACCAUGGCUGGAUCCUAUGUACGUGACGACGCGGUGCCCAACCUCAUCCACCUCAUCGGAGGUGCAAAGGAGCUUCACGGCUAUGCGGUUCAGCAGCUAUACAAGGCCCUGACCCAAGAUAUCUCUCAGCAACCCUUGGUCCAGGUGGCUACCUGGUGCAUCGGUGAAUACGGCAACCUCUUAUUGGACGGCAGCUGUGAAGAGGUGGAGCCCACUCAGGUGGACCCAGAGGAAAUGGUCUCCAUGUUGGAGCGAGUGCUGCAGUCGCACCUCUCGCUGCCGGGCACCAGGGCCUACGCCCUCACCGCCCUCAUGAAGCUCGGGACCCGUCUCCAGGGCAGCGACAUCAAUCGGAUCCGGAGCCUGGUUUCCAUUUACUGCAGCUGCCACGACGUGGAGCUCCAGCAGCGGGCGGUCGAGUACAACGCCCUCUUCCGGAAGUACGACCACCUCAGAGCAUCCGUCCUGGAGAAGAUGCCCUUAGUCGACAAAACUGGCUACGCCGAGGAAGGAAGUGAAAAAGAGCAGAAUGGAAGAGAGGCCGCUGUUGCUCCUCAAAUCCUGGAGGUGGCGCCAGUGCCCAGCGACGUCCAGCAACAGGACUCUGGCCAGGUCUCUGAUCUUUUGGAUCUCCUUGGAGGCCCCGCAGAUCCCCCUCUAGCCCAGCCCACCACCCCGGCAGUGGAAUCCUUCCUCGAUUUCCUUGGCGAUCUGAAAGCCCCAGCCUCCGCCAUCGCCCGCAUGAUUGUGUACGAACAAGACGGCCUGCUGGUCGAAUUUUCCAUGGACCGGCCGCCGCUGGAGCCCACGUUGCUGCUCAUCACGGCCACCGUCUCCAACAGGACCCCCCACGACGUGGCCGGGUUUUGUCUGCAAGUGGCCGUCCCCAAGUCCUUCCAAGUGGAGCUGCUGGCCCCGAGUGGCUCUACAGUCCCAGGCCAGGGUGGGCCCCCCAUCACCCAGCUCAUCCGAGUAUUGAACCCCAAAAAGCUCCCGCUCCGCAUGAGGUUACGACUUGCCUACACUCUGCCCUCUGGAGCACUGGUGCAACAGAUCAAGGAAAUCAACUCAUUCCCCGAGGCUGCCUGGAAAUGAAGAGCGAGCGGCCCACUGUACCCCUCCCUCCUUGACGGUCCCCCUAAAAUGCACUCCACUCCGAGGGAAGGGGUGGGGUGGAGAAAAACCCUUGCAAUGACACCAUCUCACCACCAGGUGGGGCCUUUGCUCCAGGUGGGUGCCCCAAAUAACAACACCCAUGGGUGCUCCCCUUUUGCACAGGCGGAAGGGCAGAGGGCACCUCUCUCGCCGGAUCCAAAGAGGGAUUUCCGAAAGAGGGAGGCGGGAGGGAGAAGGGGAAUCCCCGUCUCAGCCAGCCCCCUUUCUCCCUCCUCACUCCCAGCUGCUGGCAGAUCAAUUCAAUUGAUCAGCCAGAUGGGGGAAACUCCACAACAACUGAGCGAGACUAAAUGGAAAUCGAUGGAGAUAAAGAGUGGGUUGGGGGGUGGAGGGGGAAAGCCCUCUUUAACAAAAACAAACACAAACACCAGCUAUCCCUCUUCAUUGCCGGAUUGGGUUUUUUCACCUCUGGCCAUACUGCUGGUAGGUCCGACAAACCUCCCCUCCAGACGCCAGCUGGCCCCAGCGAGAGCGACGCUGCGGUUGAUGCACCCUGAGAGUAGUGCAAGAACCACUCCAGGGAAGCCCUGUCUUAGCAUUCUGUCGGGCGCUGUUACACUACGUAGGGGCAGUGAGUUCCGCAGAUCCACAAUAUGUGGCACCCUCCAGAUGGGGCUGCUGGAAUUGGCAGCCCCAAGCCCCUGGGUUGUGGGUGUGUUCCAGCUUGGGCGAGGCCACACUGCGUACCCCUCACACUUCCUUUCUCUCUCCCAGCACCCCCAUCUCUCAAACCUGCCCCCUGCCGCUCUCCAUCGAACGGCCUUUGAGCUUUCGGCGUGAAUAAAUAUCUUCUCAAUGCA